AUGCCUGGCAUUCGCGUUCAGUUGCCUCCUCCGGGCAAACCGAAUCCCAAUAAGCCCAAGGGGCUCAUUGUGAGGAUUGCGAACCCUGAAGGUGCUCAGAAGUAUGGUACAAUGAUCUUGCAUGAUGAGAUUGUUAACAUCAAUCAGAUGUUUACCGAGUUUAUUCAUGCUCCCGAAGAAAUCAAGAAUAUGGUAAUCAUUCAGUCAGAACGGGAUGUCAUACAUGAGCAGAUUAUUAACGUGAUGGAUAUUGCCAAGCAAGCAGCAAUUAUGCGUGUUCCUCCGCCUUUUACCGUGUCGCUGCCGGAGUCAGCUACGAAGCACGACUUUCCGCGCAAGAAAUUCAAUCUCUUUGUCAGUGCAGAUGGCAGAAUCUCAUUUGAUGAUCUGGAGAUGAUAACGCUGGAUCAUAUGGAGAUGUACCUGUCCGCAAAAGAGGCUCAAAUUACUACACUCAUUAUCAAAGCCGACAGAUUUGCCAAACAUGGCAGAGUUAUUGAUGUCAUGGAGCGUGCGAAACGUCGAUUUAGUAAAACGGAGGGGCAAGAAAUCGCUUUGAUGGUCGCAGAGGAGAGUUACGGGCCAUAA